GUGUCCCUGAAGGCAACACCGGUUAUCACCACCAUCCCAGCGAGUCUGUCAUAUCCCAGCAAGGUGUCACUUCAGGCAGCUAAACCAUCUGUUCUACCUUGCGUUUUAUUGAACAAUUUCCAUACACAUUUCUUCUCGACCUCUCUGGGCCUUUGGUGUCAUGAAGGGAAUCAGGUUUAUCGUGAUUUUCUUGGUGCUUUCCGCGUCUCUGCUCUGCACAACCGAAGCGGCCAGGAGCAGGACCAGCAACCAGAACAGCUUCCGACGGGCAGCUAAUGGCAUCUACCAGACUCUGAGCAGCGUUUUCGGAGAGGACAACAUUCGUGGGUUGUAUAAGUUUUUCUCCAAAACGACAGAGCGGUUUGUCCAUGGAGUGGACUCUUUCCUCGACACCAUCUGGAAGAUCUGGUCGGAUUUGCUGGAUGUGAUGGGCAUCGACUCCUCAAACCUCAGCCACUACUUCAGCCCCACAUCUCUCACCAACUCUCCAGCACGCGCUCUUCUCCUGGUUGCAGCUGUACUCUUGGCCUACUGGUUCCUCUCCAUGUUCCUGGGAGGUUUCUUCUAUCUGCUGCACGCUGUGUUCGGCCGCUUCUUUUGGCUAGCACGCGUCACUCUGUUCGCCCUGUCCUGUCUCUACAUCCUCCAGAAGUUUGAGGGUGACCCUGAGCGCGCAGUGCUGCCGCUGUGCUUCAUCAUGGUGGUGUACUUCAUGACGGGCCCUGUGGGAGCGUACUGGCGUCGGGGAGGCGGGGCAGGUUCACUGGAAGAGAAAAUUGACCACCUUGACACUCAGAUCAGGCUGCUUAACAUCAGGCUGAGCCGCGUCAUAGACAGCCUGGAGCGCCCCGGCGAGCAGUAGGUGGCGAUGAGGAUGGGGGGGGUAAUGUAGAACCAGCUGCAGUUGAUGUCAGGAUGCUAUUUCCUGUACACAUCUGCAGCGACACAACUACUGGGUAUUUACAACUCUAUUGUCAGAUGGGGGACAAAACUAGAUUUGAAAACAGUAUUUUAUGUGUUGAUAUUAGUUACAGAAUACCUAAAAAUCGUCAAAAGGUGUGGACAGUUCACUUGGAGCUUACGCAAAUCAACCAAACAACAAUUUCUUGUUUUAUUUUUGUCUCAAGGCUUUGAAAGGUUUUUGCUACAUCUGUGAGGAAGUUAUCAGAGAGAUCCAUCCAAUCCAUGAUUUUCUAAAUGCUAGCCUAAUUCUACACCUCAGCUACUUUUGAGAAACUCCCAAGUUGAGGCUUGAAUUUUUGGUGUUUCGAUAAGCAUUUUCAAUGCUCGUGCUACAUGAAUAAGCAUAUUUUAUGUGUCUUUGUUUAUUUCUAUCCUUGUUAAUAACCUGGGGGUUCAGAUUCUUACACAGGUUUGUCCACAUUUUUCCCCUUUUUGAAACUGUUGAAGUAGGAAAGGGGUUGGGUGAAUGAUGCAGGGGACUGAUACAUUGUAUUUCUAAUAUGUAAAAAUCCUCAAGAUGUUGAAUAGUUGCUCAUAGUAAGAUUUAUUUAUUACAUUUUCCAUCCAAAAUGUUGAAAUCAUGUAGAUCAAGUCCCUGUUCCAUAGUGGCAAUAGUUUGACAUCAGGACCUCUUUUUCAUUGUGUUUUUGUGUGUAUGGGUGCAUGCAUCUGGGUGACCUACUCAAAUGUGUGUGCAGAUGCAUUUGUGUGUGUGUGUGUGUGUGUGUGUGUGUGUGUGUGUGUUUUUGUGUGUUUAAAGCUUGUGAAAUGGAAAAGCACUGUAUCAAAAAGUCACCAUCAGACUAGGAGAAAAUGCAUACAGGCAGCAAUAUCUCAGGGACUCAGCCAACACACAUAUAGAAUUGGAAAAGAGAUAUCAAGUAUAUAAAAAUCAUGUCUUGGUCUCUUUUGAGUCACUUCACAGUUUUUCAGAUAUCUUUUGAAAUCUGUCUUGGUAACAUACAAUACUUACUGAUAAACUGGGUGCACUGUUUGUGUUCUUGCAUCAUGUUGAAAUUGCAACGUUUGAUUAAUGUCUUUUUAUCAUUGUUUUGCAUGGAUUUACUAUAGGGAUUAUUGCAACUAGUGGUUCUAAAGUUUAAAUUGGGAAAUGGCAUUUAAAUGUGUGGUUUAGAUAACAUUACAUGGACAUCACACUGACUUGAACUAUGUCUUAAUACAUCUUUUUAGGAUGAUAGUUUUUAGUGAAGUAGAGUUAAAUCAUGUCUAGUCUCUCAGAUUCUGUAGUAAAAAUACAUAUAUGUACUGUAAAACCCCAUUUAAACCUGCAUUGGAAAGGUCAGGCUUGAAGCUGAUGUACAGCUCUUACAGUAACUUUAUGAGAGAUUUACAACCAGCCUUAUUGAUAUUUACAGUAAAACACUGUUAAAACUGUGCUUUGGACACCUUCUUAGUGUGCGUCACUGUAGAUAACUAUAGUUUGUUAGUGUAAUAGGGCUUUUUAUAUCUUUAUUUCUGCCAGUCUUUUUUUUUAUAUUUCUCUUCAUGUACUGUCAUACCAGGCGUUCUCCUCUAUGUUUAACACAAGUCAUCAUCUAUUCGUAUUCCCCCUUUUGUAAUUUCAAUUUAUAGAAUCUGGACUCUGUUUUAUAUAAAUGACCCUAAUGCUGUGCAAAUCCGGGGGAUAAAUGUUGCUUUUAGUGUCUCAUUAUUAAGAUUGACUAAAGAGGUAGACAAGUCAGUAAUAUUGCAGGAUGGCUGAACUGAUCAGAUGGCUCUUACAGUUAGCGACACUACUGAGGCCAAAGAACCAACCGGUAUUUAUACCCAUGACACUCAGAUUUAACAAACUCUUCCGCAACUUGUAUGUAGUAUGUGUGAGAUGCUUUGGGAGGCAUUUCUGCCCCAGUCCUGAUGUUUCUCAGUAUAGUGAGGGUGCUGCGUAAACAUUCUUGGAGAAGGAAGUUGUUGCAUCACAGUAACACCAGGUUCAAAACCAUGGACUCGUGGCUGCUUCUCAGCACAUACAGAUAAUUACCAUUAUGUGUUUUUUCAUGUAUUCAGUACAUGUGAUGUGAAAGGUGUUAGGUCUGUACAAAACAAACCUAAAUCUGGAGAACACGAUUUAUAGUCCAAGGAAUCUCUUCAGAACUACAGUAUUUCAUUAGAAAGCAGUUUGGUCACACGUUUUACCUUUAUCAAAAACUUAAAGUUCUGCUAUUUGCAUAUUGCACUUGGUAUUUUGCAAUUUCAGUAAUAUUUUGAUUAAUAGUGCGCCCUACUUGUAAUGAAGAUUUGCUACCAGCAAAAAGUGUUUGAAUACAGAUUUACUUAAUAUGUAUCAAUAGUUUGAAAAUCUCUCAAUUUUAAAAGAUCUCCUUGUUUCCCCCAAACACACCCAGUUCAUUUCUGCCCCUCCACCCAGGUAGCCCAUAACGCCAAAGUAAUCUGGCAUAUUUUUGCAUGCUAUGUUUUUAUGCCUAUAAUGUUAUGUUAAAUGAUAUACAUGUUGUGGACUGCCUAGGUAGAGAAGCCUUUAAAAAUGUGAUGUGAUGAAUUAGCUGGAAGUUAAUUACAUUUAGGAAUUUGUAUUAGGAUGAGUCUUAUUUCUCUGUAUCAUGAGUCAACAUUUGCACUGAUGACUGUACUGGAUAGACCAAAUGAUCACACUUACUAUGGCUGUUUGACAUUACAAGCCAAGAAUGGACACAAACCCUCAGAAUAUUUCAUCACAGCAGUCUAUCUUGUGAUCUCUGACAUGUUGGCAAACUUUAAAAUGUGUAAAAUGAUGAUGAUGUGAGAUUGUUUUCAUUAUUAUUUGCAGAGGUAAAGCUGACUUGAAGGAGAUGCUUGAUGCUGGUGUGUUGUAAUGUGUGGUUUCAGUCUGUAGCCAAUGACUUGUUUGUUUUACAAUUGACAGCAUGUGUGAUUUAUGAAGGUGUUAGCUGAAUUGUAAUAAUCUUGUAUGUUAUUGAAGGAAGGUUUACCUAGCCUUCCAGUGGAUUGUGUUACUAAAGUUGAUCUCAAGGGGUCCGGUUCUCGUUCAUUACUGUAUGGAAUUCAAACGCAGAUGUGUGAUAUUUUACUUAAGUUGCUUCAGGACUUUAAAAGAUUCAGGAUUUCGCGGGGUGCUUAUCAGCUCUUGUGUUUUAAACACUGAAAAGUUUUGGUGAAUAAUAACAAGGAAUCUAACUGUUCUUGUCUGUUCAAAUUGCACACAAGUUCUCUCACAGUUUUAUUAAUUAUUUCUAGCACCACAGAAAUCUCAAAAUACAAAAAACAGCUUGAAAACAGUCCAGUUGCCACUAGCUGUAAGCCUACUCAUGUACCACUUGACAUUACCACUUGGAUGUUGAAAGAUCCCAGUGGAUAUUGGUACGAUACAGAUUAUAUUUAUUCUGUCUGUAAACUGCCUGUUGAAUGGCGAGUAAUUCCAUUAAUUUAAUGUAAUGUGUCUGACUGUAUCCUACUUAUUCUAUUAUUCCACGUAGCCUGCUUUUUAUAACAUGCUGUGCCAAUAUAUAUUUUUUCUUUAAGGGAAUUAUUUGUAUCUCUUGAAUUUUGAGUAGGUGUUAAUUCUUUUAAUUUCAUCAAUUCAUAUUUUUGACAAUUUUUUAAAUUUUAUUUCUGUAUUUCAGUAACAUGCCUGCCUGCUGUUGUCUACUUUGUGUGUGUGAAUGUGUCUUUAUCGAAACCUGCAGAUGGCUAAAUUGUUCUUUUUUUGUGUCAAAAGUGAAAAUGAGGUCCAGAUUUUAAUAAAUGAAACACCACAGAAUGACAAA